ACAAUUAUAUGAUAAUGAAAAAACUAUGGAAAUGGAUCAAGAUGAAGAACUUGACAACAAUGCUCAUAAUUUGAAAAACAAAACACCUGAUGAAUAUAUGGUCACUACAAAUCUACUAUAUAUACUAUAUUUGUUAAGAUUAUUAGAAAAAGAAGAUCAUCCGUCAGCUAAUAAAAUUGAUGAAUAUAUGAGACAACCUGAAAUAAGUCUCAAAAAAGACCCCUGGUAUGGUGGAACUUAUAUUCAAAAAAAUUUUCCGUACUAUCUAAAUUAG